AUGCCUAACACUACUUAUGUUCCUUCAGUUGGUCAAGCUGGUGGCAUCGUCCUAAUGUGGAAAGAUGGUUUCUGUUUAGAAAUUGUUAAUUCCUCCUCCAGUAUGUUUCAUGCUCUUGUAACAAAUGACCCUGCUAGAGGAAAAUGGUUUCUCUCAUGUGUCUAUGGCACACCUUAUAGAGAAAACCAAACUGCUCAAUGGGAAUACAUUAAAAAUCUAAGUAAAUUAGUAAAGAUUCCUUGGGUCCUUAUAGGAGAUUUAAAUAUCACUUUUGAUAUGUCUGAGAGAAAUACAAACACAAAUUCUACCUCUGAUGAAGUUAUUGAUCUUAUUAGAGAAGCUGAAUUGUUGGAUUUAGGCUAUAGUGGAAACCCUUUUACUUGGACUAGUAAUAGUCAUGGAACUGGUAGAAUCAAAUCCAGACUAGAUAGAUCUCUAGUUAAUAAUGAUUGCCUUAUAACUUUCCCAGAUUCCAAACUUCUCCAUCUUCCUAUAAAAGGUUCAGACCAUGCUCCUAUUUUGCUGUCUUUGUAUACUAAUUUUGCAGAUUCAAAUAAAACAUGGAAAUUCUUUGAACAUUGGCUGCAAAAUGACACCUGUGUAAAUGAAAUCAAGAAUGCUUGGGUAUCAAAUACUGCAGGAUUUGCAGCUUAUAUAAUGUCUGAUAAAUUUUCAAACACUAGACAUAUUUUAUCACUGUGGAGUAAAAAUAUUUUUGGAAAUAUACAAGGAAGAAUUACAGCACUGCAACAACAACUAGAACAACUGCAACAUACAGAUGUUCGAGGCAUGCAUACUGAAAAGGUUUUAAACAUUGAGAAGGAAAUUGACUCACUAAAUGAAGUACAAGCCUCCUCUUAUAUACAGAAGUCAAAGGAUCAUUAUUACAAUGAUUUGGACAAGAACACCAAGUAUUUCCAUUUCACAGCAAACCAGAGAAGGGUGAGAAACAAAAUAGACUCUCUACAAGUUGUCGAUGGCACAUGGUGUCAAGAUAAAAAAUUCUAUAGAAGAACUUCUUGUCUCACUGUUUAUGGGUGA